CAUCACUAACAACUGCACCAUAUGUGCCUACCAGACUGCAUUCAACGAUUGGUUCGUUUAUAAAACAUGUAUUUUAUGUAGGUACGUUAAAAAGUCUUCACGAUAAUUGGGACACCAUGCGUCACAUACGCGCGCGCUCUCGAGCAGGAGAAAGACACGCGGGCGUGCGGACACUCCUCUGUCUCCUCACCUUGACUCCCUCUCUCUAGCAACCGCUACACAACACUUUACUGCGUAAUAACAACUUUUGCUGGUGACAAAAAGAAUCUCACAGCAGGUCAUGGAGCAGUUUCCACCAAAAUUUAGUAAAGUUCUGGUGACACCUGACCCGCAAUACAUCCCGGGUUAUGCAGGCUACUGUCCUCAGCUGAAGUAUCACGUUGGUCAGUCGUACGGUCAGUUAACAGCGCAGCUCCUGUCCUCUCCUGAAGUCUCUCACUCACGGAGGCUCGUGCUCCAUACGGGUCGCUUCCCAUCCACAGAAAACCAAACGGGACCCCGCGAUGAGAUCUGGAGGGGACGGCAUGGACACAGAAAACUGGAGAAAAUGAUACCAGGAUACACAGGUUUUGUACCAACGCGUCAAAACUACUUCAGCAGAACAUAUGCGGAAACCUGUCGAGAGGCUCUGUCACAAUUCAACCAGGAACAAGAGAGGAGGAUUCGUACAGCCUCUGCUGACCUGCCUUAUUCUGUCAACAACAGUGUUCCAGGAUUCAAACCAAGAAUGUUGAACACUCCUCUGACAGCAGUAUCAAAAGACGCUGCCCCCUACCAGUCCCCGGACCCCUGGAAGCCACAAGGCUCUCCGUACCACAUGGAGGAAAGCAGCCCACAUAAGUAUUUUAUCUCAGGUUUUACUGGCUAUGUUCCCAAAGCCCGAUUCCUUAUUGGAACUGGAUAUCCCAUCAUCACCAACAAGGCACUGAUCCAGUUUGGCAAGGAAAUGAAGGCAGAUCAAAGCUCAUUCAGACUGCUAGAGGAGACUACUGGCUUGCCUAUGAUCUCCACAAUAUACCCCUCCAAAAACGGUCUUCUACCUGCCUACACAGGGCACAUUCCAGGAUAUAGAUAUAAAUAUGGCCAAACGUUUGGGCAGCUUACCCAAGAUGCUCUGGGUCUUGUUGGUACACAGAGGAUGAAAAGUGGGGAAAACAGACUGAGCUGAAGAACCAGAAUAUAUUUCAGCAUUUAGUUCAACAAGCACCAGAAUGUUAUAUCUGCUGAGUUAAGUUAACUUGGUGAAAAGUUUAAUAAAAUUAAAAGAAUCACAACUCACCAAAAGACAAUGUUACAAUAAUAUCGGCAUUAAGAAGAGCAUUUCUGUAUUUUGCUAUUAAUGUAAGUGUAAUGAAUUAUGAUCAUAGAAAGUUAUUUAAGUUGAUUGAAAGAAAUCAACAUUUUUAAACAAUGUAAAAAAUUACUUCUUUAUUACAACAACACACAGAUACACCAAAGCGCACAAUACCAACAUGGAUGAAAGAACAUUUUUAUUUUAAAGGUAGGACCUAAAAUGUUCAACAGCGUAAAGACAAAAUCUUGUUCAUCUUACUGUCACUAAGCAGCAGGGGUCAGACUGGGGAGAACGUAUGUAGUCAUUAACAAAUACUGCUGUGUAUCUAGUACUAUUGUGCGUGAAACACACCCAGCAUGCAUCUUAAUCUAAAUAAAAAAUAGGUUAACUUGA